AUCCUGUUGGAUUAUGCCCGCCGCAAAAGCAGACACGACCGCCGAUACUGCCGUUCCUGGUCCCUGUAAGAUAUAAAAAAAAGGCCAUGCCCCUCUUCCAGUGACGCGUGCAGCCUUGCACCUCGUUGAUCCGCAAGAACUCCACGACAGUACUCAUAUUUGUCACCCUGCUGAUUUACUGCUUCUACCAAAUAUCCCAUAAUUGUGAAAGAAGCAGCAUCUACAUAUACCUACUAAAGAUACGAGCUGGGACAUAUAGACAUAAGGGCGCUGCAACCAGGAUUCUGCAUAAGCCUUCUACGAUUUCUCAAGCGGGGGUCAAGCUCGCCGAGCCUUACGAGAUGGCAUGUCCACCCACUGUGAAUGCGAAGACACCCCCCGCCAACAUAGACCGAUCAUCUUCACUGGACAGCGCUCCACAAUUGAUCGGGCAACUGAAUCAAGAUGGAAUUGCAAGUCUUGAAGAGAAUAAUACACAUUCUGCACCAACCCUUCAUAGUCCUCCACGAUCUCUGAAAGCGGCAUUAGAAGCAGUCGCGAGUUCUCGGGGAGGCAGCAUAGAUACAGCAUCGGAAACCGCUAGCGAGGAAGACUAUGAUGCAUUGAAACAUGACCCCACGGCUUUUGUUAGAGGGGGGAAAGGUGGAGGGUUCCUGGCUGAUAGCAAUGGAGUGCAGACACCAGAUGCAGCCAUAAAUGGGAGACAACAUAAAGAUGCGAAAAUCCCUUCUUCUAAAUCGCACCCAGGAUCAACAAGACUGAAGAAUAUACCGGUUACUCUGAAUAAAUUGAAAGAGCCCGGUCGAUAUGUUUUGACGGCAGAUGACAGCAGCGCAUUGAGUGAGAUCUUGAAGAUGGGUAUGGAAAGAGAGAAAGAUUCGGCAUUUCCGAGAAGGCGGAGCAAGUUCAGCGAUUUGGUUUUUACACGGCAAUUUACCGCAUUUGAUAGACAAAAUGCGGACGCUGUUAAGUCUCCUUUCCACGGAUUCUUCACCUUAUUCUGGCUUGGGAUUGCCUUAUUUAUGAUGAGAGUUGCCGCUGCAAAUUGGCGACAGUACGGAAACAUACUUGGCACAAACGAGAUCAUGAACCUUAUGUUCCACAGAGAUGUAAUGGUUCUAGGCUUGUCAGACGGUAUAAUGUGUGCCGCAACGGGGUUUGGCUUGAUCCUGCAAAAGCUCAUUUACCAUGGAUUACUGAGUUGGAACAGGGAAGGAUGGGUCAUUCAGAGUUUAUGGGAGGCCCUGUAUAUCUUUGCAAUCCUACGCUGGACGCUAUUUCGCGAGUGGCCAUGGACACACACGGUCUUCUUCGUCCUCCAUGGGCUGGUCAUGCUUAUGAAACAACACAGUUAUGCAUUUUAUAAUGGCUACCUGUCAGAACAAUAUAAGCUACGGGCCACCCUUCAGCGCAAGCUGAAACAGUUAGAUAGCAUUGUGCCAGUAGAGACACCCUCGGCCUCUUCCUCUAAGAUUCCACCUCUAGCUACUUCUUACCUGGAUUACCAGCCUACGGCAUCUGGCCUGAAUCAGCGACGCCAGUCUCAGCGAAGUUACUCGCAUGGUGACGAGGUCUCAAAUAUUGCCCAGGUAGCUGCCCUGUUAGAAUCCGGCGAACCGCUUGACACCGAUCAAAUACAGACCUUUGAGCGUAUCAUCAAAUGGGAGAUCGAUGCUCUGACGGCAGACCUCAAAGGCAAGUGCACGGCAGGCGGCAAUCUUUAUCCAAAUAACUUGACCAUCACCAAUCAUUACGAAUUCAUCGUUCUUCCCACAUUGGUUUAUGAAUUAGAAUAUCCGCGAACAGAGAGUAUCAAUUGGUACUAUGUUGCCGAGAAGACAGUUGCGGUAUUUGGGAUUCUGGGAAUAAUGCAGAUGGUGGCUCAAUCAUUUAUUUACCCAGUGGUCAUCAGAACUAUCGAGAUGAAGGAGGCAGGCCUAACGCUACAAGAGCGCCUUGAGGCAUUUCCUUGGAUCUUGAGUGAUUUGAUUUUCCCAUUUAUGAUGGAGUACAUGAUGAGUUGGUAUGUUAUCUGGGAAUGCCUCUUAAACCUUAUAGCGGAACUCACUUAUUUCGCCGACCGCGGAUUCUAUGCAGACUGGUGGAAUAGUGUCUCUUGGGACCAAUUUGCAAGGGACUGGAAUCGACCCGUUCAUAACUUCCUGCUUCGACACGUUUACCAUUCGUCAAUCUCCACAUUGCGAGUCAACAAAUACACAGCGACUCUGAUUACUUUCUUCCUCAGCGCAUGUGUUCACGAGCUUGUCAUGUGGUGUCUCUUCAAAAAGCUCCGUGGGUAUUUGUUGUUCCUGCAGAUGAUGCAACUGCCGCUUGUGCGGCUGAGUCGCAGUAGGUGGCUUAAAGGGAAAGCAACUUUAGGUAACCUGCUGUUCUGGAUAGGUAUAUUUACGGGGCCUAGUCUCUUGUGCUCUCUUUAUUUGAUUAUUUGAUAUCCCGCUCACCGAUAUACAUGUAUUAUAGACGAACUGAACCUGAGCUGUACGAUAGAUAGUGUGAAAUCGGAGUAUAUAGGGCGUUUUGGAGGGCUCGGAGUACCAGACUAUAAGAAUUCAAGAAUCCACUUCUGGGACCGAG